GCGUUUCGUUGAUCUAUAGGAGAUUUUCGUUCUUUGUUUGGGGGCCUUGGACGGCAGUCUCAAGUCGACCAGGCUUUGCCAAUGUGUUGUCCAUCAAAGGGCUGUGUCUUGACAUAUGAGUAGGACCGAUCCUGCAGGCAUCAGUCUUACAAGCAUUUCAUCGAAAGCAGACACAAUGGCAGGGACAGAUCGUUGGACAAACGAGUAUGAUGAUGCCAAGCAGCUGGCAGACGACACACUUGCCCUUAUACAGGAGAGAAAUCUCAAGUUCCCACAUGGAGGGCAGGAGGCCUCUCGCGUCACAGCUACAGCGCGCAGAAAGCUUGGGACACUGGGUGCUGCUGUUGACAGCAUGAGAAGCUCUCUGGAAAGCUCCGCCCUUGAAAACAUAACUGAAAACGAGAGGAAUCGGCGGCGGGAUCUGGUCAACGCCCUGAAGUCAAGACGGGAGCAGAUGCUGCAAUCCCUCAGGCGGGACCAGAACUCAGCAAACAGGACUGCACUGAUGGAGAUGAACAGGCCGAAGGCGCCUGCAUCGGAGACGCUGCAGACGGCAGAUCUGGACAACCGGGGCAUUCUGCAGCUGCAGGACCAGUCCAUGCGCCAGCAGGACGCUGAGCUGGAGGAACUGGAGCGCACAGUCACCAGCACCAAGCACAUAGCGCUGACGGUGAAUGAGGAGCUUGACCUGCACCGGCGGCUGCUGGAUGACCUGGACGAGGACGUGGAGGUGACUCAUAGCCGCAUGCGCACCGCCCAGAAGAAGCUCAAGCACGUGCUAGCCCGCUCCGGCAACUGCCGCUCCAUGUGUGUCACCAUGUUACUCAUGAUCGCCCUUGCCGUGGUAGUCAUCAUCGGCUUCAAGCUGGCCGCCUUCUUCAGAUGAGCAUGUAUUUCUGAAUAGACAGUACCGCAAGUUUAUCUUUGGUGAUUCCUGGGAUGAGGCGCAGUCUGCGGUAGUGUUGUGCAGCAUCUCAGCUGGGGUCGGUACAUUGCAGCUUCAUCCAUCAAAAUUUGUAAAGCAUGUGAUAUGGGGUUGUCG